CUGUGUACACAAUUUAAACUUGUGUUGUGACUUGUGAUCUGUUAGUAUUAUUCAGUUGUUAUUUUAUUGUAAGAAUUAAGCAAUUAAAGCAAAGAGUAAUCUGCAGCUGUUUUAUUAAAUCGAUAAAAACGAAUUAUAUACGAUCAUUAAUUAAAAUGGUGCAAAAGGGGCCGCGUCCGUUGGUUUUAUGUGGUCCAUCAGGAUCUGGAAAAAGUACCUUACAAAAACGUUUGUUGAAGGACUUUCCAGAUAAAUUCGGCUUUAGUGUUUCACAUACAACAAGAAGUCCCCGGGCAGGUGAAAAAGACGGAGUACAUUAUCAUUUUACCACAAAAGAGGAUAUGUUGACUGCUAUUGAAAAUGGUGAAUUCAUUGAAACUGCGACCUUCAGUGGUAACAUGUAUGGCACCAGUAAAAAGGCAGUAGAAGAAGUUCGUCGUACAGGAAGGAUUUGUGUCCUAGACAUUGAAAUUGAGGGAGUAAAACAGAUCAAACAGACAGAUCUAGAUCCCUUGCUUGUUUUUAUCAUGCCACCAUCUAUUGAAGAACUAGAAAGACGUCUGAGAAAGCGCGAUACUGAAGAUGAAGAAGCUCUGCAGAAAAGAUUGGAGACGGCUCGUUGUGAGAUUGAAUAUGGUAAUGUUCCAGGAAAUUUUCACAUAAUAAUUUUAAAUGACAGAUUGAACAAAGCAUAUGAAGAGCUACGGGAGUUUAUUUUACAGAAUACAGAUGUUGCAGAAGGAGACGAAGUUUCUACAAAGGACAAGUAAACUUAAGGAACUAAUACCCAAUAGCCCGCUACAACGGCUACUUGCUUUGUUUGGAUUUCUGUUAGUGUUGAUGUUGUUUAGAAUUUUUUUAACUGUAGACGAUAGUUUAACAUAAUAUAAGUUAUAAAUUUAUAUUAUUAUGCUGUGUCUUAGGUAAAUAUUUCAUUAGCCAUUUUAAAUAAGGAUCUUAGGUUAAUUAAGUGACUUAAACCAACUUCAAAAAAGAGGAGGUGUCCUCCCGCCGUGGCCCCGCUCUUGCGUCACACGUACGACACAAGCGCAUCUCACCUAUGUGUGUAGUUACAUACCUACCUUGGCUGACACCAACUCCAAAAAUAAUAAUUAUUUAAUUAGAACAAUUAUAUUGUAUAAAAAUACGCAAUUAUUUUUAUACUUUUUAAUGCAUACUAUAUCUAUUGUUUUGGAAUAGGUUUUUUGAAGUCGGCUGUUUUUUUUUAUUUUUUUUUUACAAAGCGGCUCCCCAAAUCUUUAUGAUUAUACAAUGUUUUUCAUUAUACAAUAUAAGUGAUUUAGGUUAAUUGAGAAACUAAUAUGCAAUAGCACUAUUUCAGGGCUACUUAACAUCGGUACCUGAACCGCUUAAGCCAUUUGUCCCAUCGCCGGUGAUGAACUAGCGAAUAAAGCUAAUAAAAAGUUAGAUAGUAGUCAAUAUGUGGGUAUGGUAAAAAUUAGAUUUUAUGGAAUGUAAGACAUAUAGCGAAAAACCGACAACUAUUAAUGUUUUUGUGAACCCCCUUAUUCAUAAUAGUCUGCUAACUUAAAGCAUUGCUAAUUCUCACUCUGUCUUCUUCUAUUGACCUAAGUCAGAAUGAGAAAAAACACUCCUAAGCGGCUGUUUAAAGUUAGCGGACCAUUAUGAAUAAGGGGGAUAGAGUUUAGGCGAUGAGAGAAUGAAGACGUUAUUUUUUACAUUUCUCUCUAUCUCUCCCUAGAGAUAAAAGUUAAAAUCAAUUAUACAUUAUUUUCUAUCGGAUAUUAGUGAUUAUCGCGCAUUUAAUUUUUUUUUUAAUUCUUUGUUUUGUGUUAUUUAUAUAUACCUAUUAAUAUAUUCAAUAAUAUACUUACUAAACAAAUUCUGAUGGUUUUCGAGAGCAUUACACAAGGAAUAAAACAACAGACACAAUUAUAAUUGUUAAUAUUGUAUGUAUAUAUUCUACCCUCCAUUUGGUUAAGUUUUCGGUUUUCGCUUGUACAUCUUAAGUACGCACAGUUGUAUGCUGGGCUGUAAGGAGUUUACAAGCGCGACUGUAGUAAUAAAUGACCGUCGGGAGUUGUACAGCGGUGUUUCUGAUCGCCAAGCGAGUAUUGUCUUAUAUUAUUAUAUCUAGUGGACAAUGUCCUCGUCGGGAAGUGUGGACAUGUCAGCGAUUAACUAUUCAGAUAACGUGUAUCUCAUUUAAGGUAUUGUCAAACAUCAACAAGCACACCAAACCGAUCUGUAAGAAUAGAGAAUACGAAACAAAGUAGGCACAGCAAACUGAAAUUCAAGCAUUGCAGGACGCCACUCGUGUCAAAAUAGUGUAAAUAAACACAACCAUCACUCUUCGCUCUUGCUUCGCGUCUCACAUUGGCUCUCAGUUUGAAGUCGUGCAUACAAAGCCAGCUAAUACAGCUAUCUCGCUCACGCCUCGCCUUAGGUUUGUCCUGGCGUGACACGCCUUUGGGUUCGCCACGUAUUCAGUUCUUUGUAUGACUAGAUUCAAACAAAUUUCGCUUCGCUUUCGGUUCGCUGUCUAUUUGACAAUAGCUUUAUUCACAUGUGAUUUAUAUCUGAUUUUCGUUUCUUGAGUGAUAGUCGCUUUCACUCCGGCGAUGGUUCUUUGCCCAGUAUAAAAUAGCCUAGAAAUAUUUUAACAUGUUAAAAUAUUUAGAGCCAUUAUGUUAGUCUUAUAAAAUCAAACAGUGUGAAAAAAAGUAUCGCUUUCAUAUUAAUUUAGUAUGUAGUAGUGUUUAUGGGUAUUCUAGUUUGACUAGGUUACGUCAUAUUAUGUAGAUAAAUAAAUAUACGUAUUUUUUAUUCAAUAAAUUAUAACUCGCGUACGGAUAGUCGGUUGCGCGUGUCUUGGAACGCUGCGUCCAUACUUGCUACGCGUACACUCUUGGAGAACGCGUGCCGCCGUCAGUUGGUUCUUGGUAGCGCGGACAAACAGGACGCACGUCCUGAGUUUCAAUAACAAUGACGUUCUAUACAAUAUACAUAUAUACCAAUCAUGUCGUAUAAAAACAAAACAGAAAUAUGGAACAUGCCAGAGAUUUCACCAUAAUAAGUCAAAACUUAUCAAGUUAUACAGUCAAACUGUUAUUUCUAUACAUUGCCGCAUUUACUCCAGUUGUUUAAAAUAUUCUUGGUCAAUAGGCAGCAAUAUAAAAUAUUUAUUCAAUUCAGGAUUGAUUCGGACAGUGACAGUUGACACACGAUUAAGGAGAAAAGUGUGCUAACAUUGUCUUUAAGCACACUUUUACCGUUCCGCUAUUUGACAGCGAAUUAUAUGUCCUUAUAUGUGUAUAGAAUGUCAUUAUUAAAUAAUGAAAAUAUGAAAUUAAUUCAACUUUAUGAACUUCACCUUGUCCUGUGCGAUAAUCACUGCUUAACUAUCGAAAUAAUAAUAUUUACGUAAAGAUUUAGCUUUUUUUAUAUUUUUUACAUACUUUGAACGAAUAUAUAUUGAUUAUUUGCUUGGUGAUUAAUGUUCAUUAAUACCUAAGAAGUACGACAGGCAAUUUAAAAUCUAUAUGCGGAUGGCUGGCCUAUAUUUCGAUCGAUUCACCUAGCGUUCAGAUACGCGACAGUAUGUACAGGGUUGUACGCGUGGGUAACGUAUCCCGACUACGCGUAACGAACGCGCUAUCCGUACACAGCUUUAUUAGCCUACUGCUUUAAUUUAGAUUUCGGUCUAUCAUAGAGAAUGGCAAGAUUUAUCAUUGUGUAAUUAUUGUUUUUAAACGAAAACGAAAAUCCCUAAACCCUUUUUCCAAUUCUAAAAUGAAAAACAAAACUAGUAUAAAAUGGAAAUCAAAAUUUCACUGCCUCUAAUUCUAAAUAUUUUUUUAAUUUAUUGAACACCAUUGGGUGUCAGUAUUUACAAUCGGCUAUUUAUUGGUAAUUUAUUAUUGAAAUGUAUAAUUAGGGCUGCCUUGUGUGCUCUUAAAUAAAAUAGAUGUUGUAUUUUAUAAUAUAUAGCAAAAUAUGACUCUAGAGCUAACCGGCGGUUAGUAUGCCUUCCGGCCUGGGCCUAGCUGCUAGUGCGUUGUAGGAUAAGACGUCGGAGAUGAUUACAUAGUGGACAAUUUGAGUACAUUUUGUGCACCCCUGAAGGCAAGUAGUGACGCAAAAGUCUUAGGCUACUAUCCGCGUUAUUAUCGCCGGCUUACCCCGCCCUGUCAAGCUGCGCACUACGAGCGCAAAUCCGUAGUGUGCGAUGGGGCGUUUCCGCGAACCCAUUAUAUAGCCCUGUAUCUGCGAAUUGUUCGAAACUAGCGAUACGAACACCGAUGAAUCGUAAGUAAAGCCAAUUUAAAUAAUAAAAUUUUAUCAGUAUUAUCAUAUCCAGAUAUUAAGAACACGGUGAAAGAAAAAUAACGAAAGAGAAAGUGUGUGUGUAGAGGUGAGGUAAAGGGUUCAUCAUUAGAUCAGAUAUGCGAUUGAUACAGCUAAAUAAAACAUAUUAAAGCAACUACCUCGCUAAUGAAAUCAUCACUUAGAACCGGUUUCACCAAUGACACUUCAAACUGAGUUCAAUAAAUCUCAGUUUUACGUAAACAAGUCCAAAUGCUAGUCUAGAUCUCGAUUAAAUACGAUUUCACUCAUACCUUUUAAGCGUGUUGACGUAAACUGAGUUUACAUGUCACAAACAUGCAUGUCCUAACUGUCAUCGAUAAGUAUGAAUAAAAUCAAAAUUGUUAUAUAUCAAUGUUUCUAUUACGAUAUGUGACAGUGACAGCUCUUGAACGCGAUCAAAAAUCGUACAAAACUCGGCGGUCAGCAUUUAAACGCGAUUUGUUUAUGUAAACUCGUUUAGAGGCGUAAGUUAAGUUCAAAGGGGCUUCUUGAACGACCAUUCCAUUUAAUUAAGGAUAUUUUUAAUAAUUUACCGGCGAAACCCGAAGGAGUCCAGCUGACGGAGAUAGAGUUGUUAAUUUAUAUAAAUUUCAUAGAUCGUCGAUAAUGCAGGAUUUGAUGUUAAUUUUAAAUUUCUUUUCUAUUUCUUAGUUCGGUUUUCUAUAAAAAGCGAAAGUUAUGCGAAUCGGCAGUGGCUACAAUGUUUACCUAUUUCUAUAUUAUUGCAAUUUAUGUAGGCUUUUCUAACUUUUAUUUGUAUGUGUUACUUGUUGUUUUCUUAUAAUAUACCAUUGUACAGGUAUAUACCAUUGAAGGAUAUUUUCAAGUAUUGAUUGAAUUGGAAUAAGCUAUUAAAGAUAUGUAUUUCUGUUUGUAACUAAUUAGUACGACUAACAUUAAUUACAAACUAAAAUAACAAAAAAUUCUAGAAUUAGAUCGCAGCGCCACCUACCGAGUCGAAUAGCUGCACCAUCCUGAGCCCUUUAACUGGAUAAGACGUGACAAACACACUUCCGGAAAAAUUAAGAAUUUAUUAAUAUCAAUACGUAUUCAUUUAUAAUAUCAUUGAGAAAUUAAUAUCUUUUUAUUAAAUAUUAUGUUACUAUAUGGACCUUAAAAAUCAUUUAUGUACUUGCAAUAUGGAUUACAAUAUCAAACGAUAGUAAGGAAUUAAUCUGUUUAAAUCGCUUAUAAUUACAAUAACCGGGCCUUUAACUAUUAAUUUUGUUUUCGUAUAUAUCCAUAUCCGACUUGAGGAAAAGUUUUAUAUAAUAUUCUUAAUUAAAGUAUCGUUAAUGUAAAAUUAUAAUAUUAAGGGGAUUGUUACUAUAUUGUGCCAAAAUAUACUACUGUACCUACUUACAGCUAUUUUAUUAGCUCUGAGAAUUAUACGUCAUAAUUUAUUUUAUUUAUAACAUAGUUAAUGGCACUUUUAGUGCUUUUUCGUAUUAAUAAUAUAUAAGUAGAAUUUAAUAUACGAGCGACAUAAAUCUAUAAAGUUUUUGUACUUAUAUUUUUUCAUUUCGGCAAAAGCGAAAAUAGUUAAAACAAUAUUAUUGUCUACUUAAGUACUACAAAACUAAUGGUGCACUUAUGUGUGCUAUAAUAAACAUAGUAAUGUUAGAUUAAGGAUUGGUCUCCACUGCUCUCCAACUAGAUACCGCAGGCAUAGUCGCAAAGUGCGGCAACUAAUAGUACGCCCAAGUGGCCGUACUAAACCAGACUCGAACAGUGUGUGACGUUGACGUGCCACAUGCUCAAAUCAAAUCAAAAUAUUUUAUUGCAAGUCACAUUUUACAGUAGGAUGGUUGGUACAUUAAUGGGUAGACAAUAUGUGACACCCUGCAAGGGCACAGCAAUGUUCUACAUAAAAUAAAUAAGUCUUAUACAUUUUAUACAUUCUUAUACUAUAUUGUAACUAAUUUUCACACUUAGUGUAAUUACAAAAUUCGGGUAAAUCGUAGAAGCAUUUUGUAACUAAAAAAAAUUUAAGAUGUCUUAAAUAGAGAAGGCUUCUCUUUAUUUUUAAUAUCGUUUGGGAUGUGAUUAUAAAUUUUUAUUGCCAUGUGGUGAGGGCUCGAUGACACUAAUGACAUACUUGUUUGGAGAUUUUUUAAUUUGUUUAAAUUUCUAUUAUAUCGCUUGUUAUUUGGUAGUGUUGAGUAUAAGUCCGAAUGUUUUUUAACAAAUUUACAUGCUUCUAGGAUGUAAAUUGAAUUAAGAGUUAAAAUUUUGUGCUUAAUAAAAUAUGGUCUACAUACUGCUCUGUUACACUUUGCUAAUAAUUGAAACUAAAAUGUCGGAUUACGUAGUAAAACUUUGUAAAAAUAAUACUACAAGAAAUAAGAAAGACACUGGUAUCACAUAUCAUCAGUAAGUAUUUUGUAUUUUAUUAAUUUCAAUAUAAAACAACACGAAGCGUGUGUUACAAAAUUUUAAGGAUGCCAUUGAGUGUAAAGAUGCCACGCACAAGCAUCUAAUAGUUGCCGUAAUAAAAAAGCUAUUCUUCAUAGGUAUUGCGGUAUCUAGUUGGAGCGCAGCGGGACCAAUCCUGAAUCUAGGAAUUUUAUAAAUAUAAUUGUGGAUUAAUGUUCAUUAGUUUACACGUUAUUUUAUGUUUUUAUUUUACGUAGAUCAAUCUUUAUCUUAUAAUUUAGUCAUCCCAUAUAGUCAACUGUGGCAGUUUAUUCUAAUGGACAGUUAAACACUAUCAAUGAAUUAAAAAUAUGACUGAUAAUACAACUUAUGAAAUAAUUUUAGUAAAUUUCGUCUAUAUGCCGACCGUUUAUCUGAGUCCUCGCCUGCGCGGUACAGGGGCGCGGGGGUAUGACGACAAAGGGGACUGAGACAGGUGCGGGCGGCGGGCGAAUUUUUGUAAUCGCUUAUUUCUCGCACCUUGUCGUCGUCACGCGCCCCUGUACCCCGCAGGCGAGGACUCAGAUAAACGGUUGGCCUAUAACUAUGUUGUAGUUUAUGUAACUGGUCACAAUUUAUUUUCUAGUUAGCACUCACUUAUUUUUGUUUCUAAGCACAUAUCUUAAUACAUACAUGGAUUGUAUUUGUAUAUAUUUUAAUAUGUAAGUACAGAUUUCGUAAAUGUAUUUUGUCAUAAUAGAUGUGAACACUGUUUCCAAACUUUGUAGAUGAAAAAUUAGUUCGAUACAGUUAUUAGUAACCGGUCUGUAGUGAUUAAGUAUAAUAAUUUUUCUUUUUUUUAAUAAAUUUCUUGAUUUUCUUGUUACUGUAGGUAUUUGUUCGUAACUGAAUAAAGUUAUAAUAUAAUGUCUUACAUCUAAUAAAACUCUGCAAAAACAAAAUCAAAUUGACAACUUUUGGUUUUAUAAAAUCAGCUUAACAGACUUAAUAAAGUAAUGUUUUGUUAGAUCAUAGAUAAAGAUGAAAGUCAGCCUAGCGAAACUCUUAAGAAAAAAGCGAUUGUAUGAAACGUGUAGUAAUUGACAGAUGACAGCUGUAUAAUCUUGUGAAAAAGGAGAUAGAGAAGGAGCCGAAAUCCACUACGUUUUAAGCAACUGUCCGCUUUCAAACUUAGUCGGAUUAUACUUCGUGGCCAAUCGCGAUACUGUAAUUUACUAAUAUUCCAAACUUAUGUCAAAUAACUGCAACUUUCAUACUAAUCUAAAUUUCAAUUUUUACUUAGGUAGUCCAGCCUCUUAUUACGUAGUAUUUACAUCCUCUUUUGUGUUAUGGUUUGUAGGGUGCCGUAGCUAGUGAAAUUAUGGAGCUAGAGUCCAUUUCGCGAUAGACGUUUAGCAAACGCGGCGCUGUAGUCAUACGAAGAAAUGUUGCUAGCGUGAUUCUUUGGUCUCCACAGAUUUUGACUCCCCUAAAAUGUCAAAAUGUGAUAAUUAUAACAUUUAUUUUGACUGUUUUAAUAAAAAAAUACAAAUAAUAGAAUAUUUAAUUACUUUCACUUAAUGCAGCGGGACUUCUCUCAUGAGAUGGACUCUACUGAGACACCCUGUCUCAAGGUAUCGAGCGCAAUCGCGGUGACAUUUAGAUGUUUGGGUUCUAAGAAUCCUACGCGGCGCUGCUUUUAGACCAGGGCUUUUUUCGUUUUGUCACCUCUUGUGAUAAAGAUACAUAAUACCGGAAUAUUUACAAUGUUAAUCAAAAAGUGCAUUAUUAUUUGUUAAUUCUAAACAUGUCAUUCCACUUAUACAUUUUGAAACCGAAAUGAUGAUUGUUUACUCGGAAUACUUAACUUUGAAUAAUUGUUAGUAAUAUAAGUAGAUAUUAUUAUUAUUACUUUGCUGUAGUUAAUUAUAUUAUUAUUAUUGUUAAACUUGAUGUUGUGAAUAAAUGAUUUCUCAAA